AUGACGGGCGCGGCACCACUCCGCUGCGAAGGGGAAGCGUUUGUCCUGUUAGGACCCUCGGCUGCUGGGAAAUCCACGCUGCUGCCAAAGAUGGAGGUCCCCUCGGGAGCCUUGGUGAUGGAUGGCAGCUUCAUCAGACAAGAGAGCCAGAUGUGGCGGAAGGCGUUGGGCUUGGCAAGGUGCCAUGGCCUGACUGGGUUCUCAGAUCACUUUGAAGAGUGCUUCAAGCCGCCCAUGGACAAGUUGAAGAGCUCCUUGCUGGAGAAGUCCAUCAGGCAGCGUGCCAAUCUGAUCAUCCCGGAUUCGGCCUCCAACUUUCCGGCGACCAAAAGGAUGCUGGAGCAGUUGCUCAAAGCAGGCUAUCGCCUCCGCUUCGCCGCUGUGUAUGGUGACGAAGAAGAGCUCUUGCGUCGUGGUCGAGCUCGAGCAUCCCAAGAAGGGAAACAGUUCACAGGCAAGAACUGGCGAGCCUCCGUCGAAGCAAUCCUCCAGCUGCAGGACUACUUGGAGACCACGGGCUUGGUCAAAGACUCUGGUCUGGUGACUGUCCUGGACAACUCGGGCCCUCGCCCCGAGCCCAUGAGUCAUGCCGAUUUGCAAGCCCGCCUCUGUACUCAUUGA